AUGUCUCAAGGCGACACGGAGAAAUUUACACGUGACAAGGCAAGAAUAGGCAGCAACGCAAAAACUUCGGCGGACAAUGCUGACGGCGCGUGGUUCAUUCAGUGCACGUGUCAUGACCAAAUCGAUACUUGCGUAUUGGCUCACCUAGAGCGUUUGUCGCACGAAGAGUCACGAGAGGAUCUCGAGGCUGAGUUGAACGGCCUCAUGAAGCACGAGGAGCAGAACGACGCUCUGCUAGGCGCCUUGUCGUGUACGGACGAUAGUGAUAGCUACUUCCUGGUUGCCGAGGGGCUUCUAAACAAGACCAGAACGCGCAAGGAAAUAUUCUGUCUGCUCAUGGCCAAGUUGAAGACCAGUGCAUCCCACCAGGAGGCAGAUGGGGGGCAGAUAUGCUCUGUAUCGAAGGGCACGUCGGGUGCUGGAUCCAAGAUUGGGCGGUCGCCGAGUGUGUGUCCGCACUGCAAUCAGCAAGAUUGUGUCAGUCGAGCCGUGAAGGAGACGGAGGACGUGACGAAGAUUGAGGGCAGCAACCAUGGAUAG